GUCUUCCCCUCCGGUGGCAUUGGUCGCUAUAAUUCAGAUCUUCUUUGUCCUCACGGAGUCGACGUACGUGGAGCACGAACAUGGCGAAUUCACUAAGCCCCUGUGGAACUCGACGUACACAGACCAGUUGAAAAGAGACUUGUUGACGAGCUAUGACAAAUUCGCCCGCCCGACCCAACACACUAACAUCACCACUGUCAUUAUGGAUAUCGACCUGAAGCAUGUUCAUCUUGAUGACGCUAAGUUCUUGUUGACAGUCAAUGCUUGGCUUAAAAUGAAAUGGCGUGAUGACAAAUUACAGUGGAAUGCUAGCGAUUACGGCGGUCUAAAACAUCUUCAUUUGGCAGAUCAUGAGAUUUGGCAGCCUGAUAUCGCACUCUACAACAGUGCCCUUGGUAAUAAUGUUGACUAUUUUGGCAAUAUUCACUGUAUUGCACAAUCCGAUGGCGAAGUAUUGUGGGUGCCACCAACGCAAUUUGUGGUCUUUUGCGAUAUGGAUCUUUUCAAGUGGCCAUUUGAUCGCCAUAUCUGUUCCCUCAAGCUGGGUUCCUGGACUUACACAGGCCACCAGAUAGAUCUUCAGCUUGGUGACUUUGGAGAGCUAGAAGAAUCUCUCAAGUCAAUGGAAGUUACCGAAUGGAAGGUGGUGGCAGCCUCAAGAAAGCGCUCAACGACGUAUUAUUCGAUUUUCACCUUUGUCGCUCCUUUCGUCGACAUCGAGUUCACCCUCACAAUUGAAAGGAGAUCUCCUUCCUACAGAGCUGUUGUUAUUGUGCCUGCUAUCGGUGAGUACCAUCUUGCUUACUCUUUGCUCCCUGUGGCUGCCACCAUUCGGAAAGGAGCGUUUCAUGCUCAGUGGCAUCACUGCCAUCUUUGUGUCUCUAUUUCUCAUUUACUUCACGAUACGCCUGCCUCUUAUAGGGCACUGUACACCGCUGGUUGGUUAUCAAGCUAUGAGGAAGAAAUUGGUACUACAGGUGAAGAACUGAGAGCCUAUGAUAGCUGUAACGAAGACCGAAUGAUCUUCAACCGAAGAACUCCCCAAGAAGGAUGGAGCCUGAUUGCCAUGGCUAUUGAUAGAAUUUUGUUUAUAAUUUACUUUGUAAUUUAUCUUUCCUUCAUUCUAAAUGCUGUGCUGUGACUAAUAAUAAUUAUAAUAUAUUUUCUUAGUUUUUAAGAAUGGAUAUCGGAUGCUUCUAGUCUCGACUAAAGAUAUUUUUAAGUGAUAUUCUGAUAUUCAUUGUUAAUGUUAAUCAUAUCUUAAUUUGGAGCAAUUACAGCUCACCAACUUAUAAUCAGGAAAAUAAUAAUUUCAAAAGUGAACAAUAAUUUAUUCAAAAACAAUCAACAGGAAUGUUUUCAUGGAAAGUUUGGUGAGGGAAAAAAAAAAAUGCUGAAUUUAAAUAAGUAGCCUAACUUACAAAAUACAGUGUAAUCCUCCUUAUAUAUCAAUUUUUUUAAACAUAGAAUUUUAGGAAAAAGAUAUGAAAUUUCCAUGAAUUGAACAAAAACUCAAAUUAAAAAUAUGAUUAUCAGAGAGGUCUCUUGGUUUACUCUUCAUAAGAAUGUGAAUAAGAAAAACAAAAUGUCUCCCUGUUUCAUAAAACAAUGAAAAUAAAAAUAAGAUCUUAUUUAAGAAGAAGCAAUUGCAUGCAGUGACAUGUCCUCUGAAUAUUUCCAAACAUUGUGUUAUAUUUUGAUUUUAUAUUCUGUUUAACUUUCUCUUCUUUGUUGUAACAUGGCUCCUAAAAGUUCGACUUGAUAAUCAAUGUAAAAGUCAGAUGAAAAAUGAAGAUGGAAUAUGUCAGUAGUAAAAGGUUUCAAAACAUAUCUGGAAUGGAAAACCAACUCAAGAUAGAAAGAUUUAAGGUCUAAAAGGAACACUAGAAGGCUACAAACGGAGAUCAAAGAAAUAUAAAAUAAGAUUGAAGAUCUCGAAAUAACAAUCAGAAAAUAAAACCUGAAUUCUAUGGACAUAGAACUAGACAUGGCUUAAUAACCAGAUUUUCGAUAAAUUUUGUGAGAAGAAGAUUCAAUAUUACAGAAUCCUUCAAAAGAUUUGAUAUUACAGAAGCCUGGAUAGAGAAAAAAAAAAAUGAAUUGGAAUGAAGAAAGAAAAAUCAAGUAGGCAGAAAUUAUAAAGAACUUCUCGAAGAUAAAAAACAAAACAAAUUUAUAAAAUUUUUGAGUGGUCCUUGAAGACAUGUUAAAAACAAUUUGUAAGUUCUGAACUUCGGACAUAAUUUUAAUUCUUAUAUAAUCGAAGAAUUAUAUACAUCAUAAAAUAAAUGUACCAAUAUUACAGUUUUCGACUCGUUAAAACAAGCUUUAUAUUUCCCAUAGAGAGUGCAAAUAUGAGUAAAUUUGCAGUUAUGAUACUUAGGAUAGUGAUGCCUGAACCUCAAGUGAUAUGACAAAAUAAGCUGACUGGCAGUUGAUUCUUUAAUGGAGCAAGUCUGGGAUUUGUUUCAAGAAGGUUUUCUUAUAAUUUUUCCUUAUUGAGUUUGAUAUUUUGUUUCAUUCAUCGGUGGUUUGAAAUUUCUUAGUUUAAUUUAAAUCUGUGCAGAAUUUAUUUAUUUAUUUUUUAAUUAUAUAAUAAACCUAUUCACCUUUUGAUGUAAACACAACUAUAUGAAUAGAUUUAUUACAUUAUUUUCCUUUUAGUAAUAAAGUGAAACCCUG